CUUCUGCCAUGCUUCUGCUGAUAUUCCAUCAGUUGCGCCAUGGCCCCCAAGCCCCGCCGGACCGUGAGCACGCUCCCGUGGCAGUGCCAGUACACGUACAAGCCGUGCUUUGAGCGGCGCGCGACCAAGCGCAACGGCGAGCUCCACUCGCUCUGCGAGACGCACCGCAACAAGGCCAACGCGCUCCAACGGGCGUAUGCCAAGAAGGACCGCGACGCGACCGAGAGCGAGAGCGGCGAAUCGUCGUCGCCGACGCCGCCCGAGCCGCAGCACCAGUGCCAGUACACAUACAAGCCGUGCUUCCAGCCGCGUGCGACCAAGCGCAACGGCGAGCUCCACUCGCUCUGCGAAUUCCACCGCACCAAGGCCAACGCGCUCCAGCAAGCGUACGCGCAAAAGAAGCGCCUCAAGCGCCUCAGCGAGGCGUCGCCGGCACCAAUCAAUCCGCUUCCCAACAAGCGGCUCUGCAUUGGCAACCUCCUCGCGGCCGACGCGCGUGCGUUCCCGCAGCCGCCACACUACCUCCCGCCGCCGCCACCGACCUACCACGCGCCACCGCCGCCUUCCAGCUUUGUGUCGCCGAUGCUGCGGGGGGCACCUGGCCGGCCGACCGUGCUGCCACCGCUGCGCUCGCUCCACGCGACGCAUAGCUUUCUGCAGCCGCCGCCGCGCCCGCCGACCGAGCUUUAUGCGCCGCCGUACGAUGGCCGGUACUAUCAUGACGGGCGGUACCCGGAUCAAUCUUGGGGCGACCGAGGACCGCAGCCGUAGCGAGUUACACCACCGUAGGAUUUGUUGGUUAUUUAUGUAAGAGAACCCGGUGCCUAUGCACAA